GAUGGCUUCCGCCGAAGAGGGCUGUGAUGUUAGGGUUGAAGCGGACCGGGAAUUGGAAGAGCUUCUGGAAAAAAUCACCCAGCCUUGCGUCCUCAUCUAUCCCCAACACACACACCAUAUCUCUUGUCUCUGAAGGUGCUCUUGAUGAUUUCGAUAAAGCCAAACCCUCCCCAGCACCCCCUCCUACCACCUCGGCCCCCGAUGCUUCAGGGCCCCAGAAGAGAUCGCCAGGAGACACUGCCAAAGAUGCCCUCUUCGCCUCCCAAGAGAAGUUUUUCCAGGAAUUAUUUGACAGCGAGCUGGCUUCCCAAGCCACUGCAGAGUUCGAGAAGGCAAUGAAGGAGUUGGCUGAGGAAGAGCCUCACCUGGUGGAGCAAUUCCAAAAGCUCUCAGAGGCUGCUGGGAGAGUGGGCAGUGAUGCAACCUCCCAACAAGAAUUCACUUCUUGCCUAAAGGAGACAUUAAGUGGUCUAGCCAAAAAUGCCACUGACCUUCAGAACUCAGGCAUGUCAGAAGAGGAACUAACCAAAGCCAUGGAGGGGCUGGGCAUGGAAGAAGGGGAUGGGGAAGGGAACAUCCUCCCCAUCAUGCAGAGUAUCAUGCAGAACCUACUGUCCAAGGAUGUGCUGUAUCCAUCACUGAAGGAGAUCACAGAAAAGUAUCCAGAAUGGUUGCAGAGUCACCGGGAAUCUCUGUCUCCAGAGCAGUUUGAAAAAUACCAGGAGCAACACAGUGUCAUGGGCAAAAUAUGUGAGCAGUUUGAAGCAGAGGCACCCACAGAUAGUGAGGCCACUCAGAAGGCUCGUUUUGAGAUGGUGCUAGAUCUUAUGCAGCAGCUACAGGAUUUGGGCCAUCCUCCAAAAGAGCUGGCUGGGGAGAUGCCUCCUGGCCUCAACUUUGACCUGGAUGCCCUCAAUCUAUCGGGCCCACCAGGUGCCAGUGGUGAACAGUGUCUGAUCAUGUGAAACACAACACGUUUUCCUCCCUGAGUGCAAGCCGUGAGGAACAUCUGGAGUCAGCAAAACCAUUAGGAAUUGAGGCAAGAAUGUCGUCUGUGGGAGCAUUCUGCUCACCAUCCCAUCUGCCCCAUCAUCCCACUCAAGACUGUGCCAUACCAGCUGAGGCUUUUCCUCUGUCCUUCUAGAAACAGGAUCUGUUCCACAGGCCAUUUCUGUGAGCCCUACUCCACUGUGGUUUCUGCUGCUAGAAAAGGCCCAGCUAUCUACCAGAUGAAGGAAUGCAUUCCUUUUGGGGCAUGUACCUUCUUCCAAAAGAAUGCUAUAUAUGGCCACACUGAUGUUCAUCUUUACUCCCGGGUCUUUGUGCCUUGUUUCUUUCUAUUCUGAGAAAUCAGAUCUGGGCAGCAGGGGCAGAGUGCAGAUCUCUUAGGCAGAGCCUCUGGGAAUGGGAAGAAACUUAGCUGAACUGGGACUGUGGGUUUGUUACCAUAUGCUCUUACCUUUACACAGGCAUAUCAUUCUGAAUUCUCUGAAGGGAAAGAGCUUUUGCAUCUAAAUACAGUAGGGUCGGAAGAGAAACCGUGGGCUUUUCCUCUCUCUGGGUGCUAAACUCUCAACUCCCUGUUCCAGCUGACAACUCAAGUUGCUACCCUGGUUCUUUCUAUAAUGUGAUCUGGAUGAGUCCUUGGUCCUAUGCCUGACCUUAUCUCCACUCUUUUUAAACCUUCUGAACCUAAGCUGUGAUAGAGGAAGACCCUUCCUGUUUCCCCUCAUCUAGUAUAGCCACCAUUCUACUAGUUACUCCUUCCUUCCCUGGCAAACACUUAAUUAUACUGUCUGAUCUGGCAAAAGAAUGGCCAUUCUAUUCCAGGUAGAUUCUGGCUUAUUUGAGACAUCUGAUUUCUUUAGAAUCCUUGGUUCAAGAAGCUGCUUGGGAAAGGGAUACAACCUGGGUCCUUUUUCCAGCAGGCUCCAUGGGGCAGUGUCUAAUAAAUAUUCUGAGUGAGGAAUGUGGCCUGUAUUUCAUCCAGGUCUUUUUCUGAUCUUCCUCAACUUCUGUGAGCUGCAGAGUGGGGAAUGUUAGGAAAUAGUUCUAUGUAAUGUUGUGGUGGGCUCCACCAUUACCCGUGGGUCCCCUAGCUCAGUCUGCACCUCAGCUGGCAAAGAGACUGGACAGCUGUUUGUUCCCAUUUCCUCUUGGGUAUUCCAAUCUGAAAAGCCCUUCACUGGGUAUUAUAUUUUAACUUAACUAAUGUUAGUAGCAUAUUGUUAAUAUGUUUUCUAAAUUAUCUUCGAGCUGACCUUGGCUCUUCUCAAUGAAUCUAAGGACUGUGGCUAUCAUACAUUGGUAGAUACUUUGGUCAGCCCCGCUGACUGUCCUGGUUCACAUGGAAAAUAAUUCAUGCCAGAACAAAUUCACAUGCAUCAUCUGAGUCACUUUGUACUCCUGAUGUGUCAUUUUCCCCUGGGUUAAAGUUUUUUACUCCUUAAAGACCUCACAAAUUCGGUGGCAUUGAAAGGAAGGAAAUGUUCUUGAGACCUUAAGCUAUUUGGGAAAUUACAGCUACCAUACUUCUUCAGAGCAUGGAAAAGCUCUGAAGCUCUACUCUUUGAGAGAUGGAAAAAGUACAAGCAGACUUAUAAUGAUUACGGAGCCUGAACACCAAAUGUGUCUCCUUAAAGCUCUAGCCAAGGCCUUGGAAAGAAUAGAGAGGAUGAGGGAAGAAAAAAAGUAUCCUGCCCUUUGAACCCUCUGCUUACUGUUCUACCAGUUUUCUUCUGUAACUUUUCACUUCUGGUGGCCUGACCAAGGUUUACUCAAGGAAUGUUAAGAUACCCUGGUCCAUUUUAGCUUUAUUCUGGAACACAUUUUCAUUGAACACAAGCAAGUUGACAUUACUAUCUCUUCAAAAACACUAUUAGAAUUACUCUGGGACAUGUAGAGGAAUAAAGCUCAGUACCCUAGGACAGUCUUUCUCAAAUUAUGUGUGGUAAAGGACUAGGUUUUUUUUGUUUUGUUUUGUUGGUUUGUUUUUAUUGAGACUGAGGUUUGAACUCAAGGCUUCACACAUGUAAAGCAGGCACUCUACCACUCGA